UUCGCUAGAAGGAGGGGUCGAACCUCCGACCUUGUGGUUAACAGCCACACGCUCUAACCAACUGAGCUAUUCCAGCUUCUUGAAUGAAUUAAUCUUAAAAUAAUAAAUAAAAAUUUCAAAACCUGAAUCAAAUAUCUUUGUCUUCCACAACUCAACCAAGCAGCAGUUUCAGCAGCAACAACACAACACAUCUAAAACCCUAAUACAUAUAACCUUCAAACACCACCUCCAUUUUCUCUCUCCUCCAUUUUUACAACCCUUCAUUCAUCACCAUUUUUACCACAUUUUCUCUCUCCUCCUCAUUUGGAUCCUUACCUUAUCGUAGAAGCUUCCUUAUUCUUCUUCAAUGGCGGACUCUGUUGAGCGGCUGAGUUUACUCGCCGAGUCCGUCACUACUUCUUCUACUGAUCUUCGUGUUCGCCUCUUUCGCUAUGAUAUUCCCGAUGUUCUCAGAAAUUCUGAUAUGUCAAGUGAGGUUGCUGUUGUCCUUGUGGAUAUUAUCUUUAAAACUUUGUUCAUUUAUGAUGAUCUUCGAUCGAGGAAGGCUGUCGAUGAUGUUGUUUUAAAGGCGUUGAGUGAGGUUGGGUUCAUUAAAGCUUUUGCAGCUAGCCUUGUUCAGGUUAUGGAGAGGCUGCAAAAGUCUCGUUCUUAUGUUGGAUCCUACAGGCUUAUAAAGUGGUCCUGUUUUCUUUUAAGUAGCAGUAAAUUUCCCUCUAUCUCAAAGAAUGCUAUGUCCAGAGUAAUUGCUGCACAGGCAUCACUGUUUCAUCUUGUUAUGAAAGGAUCUUUUCGUGAGAUAAGGGCUUCUAAACGAUCAUUUUUUAGCCUAUUGUCUAAGUCCCAGGAUAUCUACAAAGCCUAUAUUGAUGAGUUGAAAGAUGCGAAAAUACCAUACAAAGAAUGUCCUGAUAUUGUUUGGUUGUUGAUAGAAUAUUCAAGAAAGAAUCCUUCGUUUGGACAAUACAAGCCAAUAUUCCUCGAUUUAUAUGUGAAAGCUAUUCUUAGUUCAAGAGAGAAACCUGCAAAGGGACUUAGUGAGGCUUUUUCUCCACUUUUUUUGUCCCUAACGCAUGAAGAAUUCGAAAAUGUUGUUGUUCCUUCAUCUGUCAAAAUGUUGAAACGCAAUCCCGAGAUAGCUCUGGAAUCAGUUGAGGUUCUCUUGAGAUCAGUGAGCAUUGACUUAAGUAAAUAUUCGAUUGAAUUCCUCUCAGUGGUUUUACCACAAGCUCGCCAUGUCGAUGAAGGAAGGAGGCGUGGUGCUUUGGCAAUUAUGCAGUGUUUGAGUAAAAAAUCCAGUAAUCCAGAUGUUAUUGAUUUGAUUUUUAAAGCCAUUAAAUCUGUAAUUGGAGGCUCAGAGGGAAGACUCCAAUUUCCUUACCAAAGGGUUGGGAUGUUCAAUGCCCUGCAGGAAUUGUCCAAUGCUCCUGGAGGAAAAUUGUUGAACGAUUUGUCAUCUUCAUUAUGCAGCUUUCUCUUGUCUUGUUACAAGGAUGAAGGAAACGAAGAAGCAAAGCUUGCUAUCUUGUCAGCAUUGGCCUCUUGGCUAGCGCGAGGGGCAGAUUCUAUCCAACCAGCUACAGUUUCUUUUUUGAAUUCGGGAUUGAAAGAGAAGGAAGGUCUUAGAAGAGGUCAUCUCAGAUGCCUAAGGAUUAUAUGCAACAAUGCUGAUGUCACUAUACAGGUUUCAUCUUUGCUGGGACCUCUUAUCCAAAUAGUAAAAACAGGUUAUACGAAAUCAGUUCAGCGUCUGGAUAGCAUCUAUGCGUUGCUGUUGGUUGCAAAGAUUGUAGCUGUUGAUAUGAAAGCAGAGGAGGCUGUUGCAAAAGAGAAGAUCUGGUCUUUAGUUGCUCAAAAUGAGCCAUCAUUGGUUCCUCUUUCCAUGGUCCCGAAGCUAUCAGGUGAAGAUUGUCUGGCUUGUGUUGAUCUCCUUCAUGUGAUGAUGAUAGACCAUACAAAAAGGACGUUAGAGUCUUUCUCUGUUCAGGCAUUGUUUCAGUUAUUGUUCCAUCUUUUGUGCCAUCCAUCAUGGCAAAUUCGCAAAGCUGCCUAUAUAAGCACCAAAAGAAUUAUUGAAGCAGUUCCCCAGACAGCAGACACACUUUUGAAAGAAUUUGCCAUUUUUCUUUCAACUGUAGUAGAAGCUCGUCUCUUACAUACAAGCGACACAGAAAAUGCAGUGGAAGCCUCUGUUUCUUUCCUUCCAUCUGUAGAGGUAAUGGUGAAGGCCCUGGUAAAUAUAUCUUCUACAGCUGUUUCGGUUGCUCCAGAGACAUGCGGUCGUGUCAUAUUUUGCUCACAUCAUCCGGCUUUACUUGGCACCGGAAAGAGAGAUGGAAUUUGGCAGAGAAUAUCAACAUGCUUGCGGACACAGGGUUUUGAUGCUCUGAGCAUUAUUGCUGGAGAGAUCAAAAGCAUUUGUGAGGACCUUGUAGGAACAACAGGAUUGAUGAGUAGAAAUCUUCUUGAACAACAGGGAGCUAUUCAUUCCUUGUGUACACUGAUGACUAUAGCUCCAAGUGAUACAUAUUUGGAAUUUGAAAAGCACUGUAGCAGUCUGCCUGACCGCUAUACACAUGAUGCUCUUUCUCCAAAUGACAUUAAGAUCUUUAAUACCCCAGAGGGUACUCUCUCAAGUGAGGUUGGUGUAUAUGUUGCUGCCAGGGACUCUGAAGAACAGGGAAGCAAGGAACAUGUGAGCUCCAAUCACUCUGUACGAAAAGAUCUGUCUCGAAAAGAUGCUGCUGGGCCAGGCAAGAAAGACUCUGGAAAAACAGCAAAAAAAAAUGACAAGGGCAAGACUGGUAAAGAAGAGGCACGAGAACUUAUCCUAAAGGAGGAGGCUUCUAUAAGGAAGAAGGUCAAGGCCAUACAAAGGAAUCUUUCUUUGGCUUUAAGGGUUCUUGGUGCGAUGGCCAUCGCCAAUCCUAUAUUCGCGCACAGUCAACUGGCAUCCAUGGUAAAGUUUGUCAAUCCUCUUAUUCGAUCACCAAUAGUGGGCGAUGUUGCUUAUGAAACUUUGGUGAAGCUUUCCCAAUGUAUUGCUCCUCCACUCAAAAAUUGGGCUCUUGACAUUGGUACUGCCUUAAGACUAAUUGAAGUAGAGGAAAGCCACAUUAUAUUGGAUCUUAUCUCAGUAAUUGACAAUGAAGAGUCAAAUGAAAGGCCUUCUAUUGGUCUUUUUAAUAGAGUAGUGAAUGGAUUUACAGUUUCAUGUAAAUAUGGACCUCUUCCGGUGGACACCUUUCUAUUUGUCUUCCCAAUUAUGGAGUGGAUUCUUUUGUCACCAAAGAAAACAGCUGUUCAUGAUGCGGUGCUUCGAGUCCUGUAUCUACAUACUGAUCCAAUAUUGCCUCUUCCGAGGCUGAGGAUGUUAUCAGUUCUGUAUCAUGUUCUUGGUGUAGUUCCUAGUCAUCAAGCAGCGAUUGGAUCAACUCUGAAUGAGCUGUGUUUAGGCUUGAAGCCAGAUGAAGUUGCAUCUGCACUUUAUGGUGUGUAUGCUAAAGAUGUUCAUGUAAGGAUGGCCUGCUUGAAUGCUGUAAAAUGUAUUCCUGCUGUUUCUAGUCGUUGUGUUCCCGAGAAUGUUGAGGUUGCUACAAGUAUAUGGAUUUCGUUGCAUGAUCCAGAGAAGUCAGUUGCUGAAGCUGCGGAAGAUUUAUGGGAUCGUUAUGGAGUUGAACUUGGGACUGAUUAUUCAGGACUUUAUAAAGCACUUUCGCAUAUUAACUACAAUGUCCGUUUGGCUGCAUCAGAAGCACUAGCUGCUGCUUUAGAUGAACACCCUGAUACUAUACAGGAAUGCCUUGCAACUCUAUUUUCCUUAUACAUACGUGAUGCUGGUGUUGAGGAUGGACAUAUUGAUGCUGGGUGGCUAGGCAGACAGGGAGUUGCAUUGGCAUUACAUUCUGCUGCUGAUGUAUUAAGAACCAAAGACCUUCCUGUUGUCAUGACAUUUCUGAUUUCACGAGCACUGGCUGAUCCCAAUGGAGAUGUUCGUGGGAGAAUGAUCAAUGCUGGUAUAUUGAUUAUAGACAAGCAUGGGAGAGAUAAUGUUCCCUUGUUAUUUCCAAUUUUUGAGAAUUAUCUCAACAAAAAGGCUUCUGAUGAGGAAAUGUAUGAUCUUGUCCGUGAAGGUGUGGUUAUUUUUACUGGGGCUUUGGCAAAACAUUUGGGAAAGGAUGACCCUAAAGUCCAUGCAGUUGUUGAGAAACUGCUUGAUGUGCUCAAUACUCCCUCUGAAGCUGUGCAGAGGGCAGUCUCAUCGUGCUUGUCUCCACUAAUGCCAUCUAAACAGGAAGAUGGCCCACUUCUUGUUUCAAAGCUUCUUGGUCAAAUGAUGAAGAGUGAAAAAUAUGGAGAACGUCGUGGAGCAGCGUUUGGACUGGCUGGGGUUGUCAAGGGAUUUGGAAUUUCUUGUCUGAAGAAGUAUGGUAUUGUGCCUGCCUUACGCGAAGGCCUUACUGACAGGACCUCUGCAAAGUGUCGUGAGGGGGCGCUGCUUGGAUUUGAGUGUCUCUGUGAGAAGCUUGGAAAAUUAUUUGAACCCUAUGUGAUUCAGAUGCUUCCUUUACUCCUGGUGUCUUUCUCUGAUCAAGUUAACGCUGUCCGUGAAGCUGCUGAGUGUGCUGCACGUGCAAUGAUGUCGAAUCUUUCUGCUCAGGGGGUCAAGCUUGUUCUCCCUUCGCUGCUAAAGGGUCUUGAAGAUAAGGCUUGGAGAACUAAACAGAGUAGUGUGCAGCUACUUGGUGCAAUGGCAUAUUGUGCUCCUCAACAACUGUCACAAUGUUUGCCUAAGAUCGUGCCUAAAUUGACAGAGGUGUUGACAGAUACCCAUCCAAAGGUCCAGUCAGCUGGCCAAACUGCACUUCAGCAGGUUGGAAGUGUGAUAAAAAAUCCUGAAAUUGCUUCCUUGGUUCCUACUCUGCUGACGGCGCUUUCUGAUCCCAAUGAUCAUACAAGAAUUGCUCUCGACAUUCUUCUCCAGACUACCUUUGUCAACACUGUUGAUGCUCCUUCACUUGCUCUUCUGGUACCAAUUGUUCAUAGAGGGUUGAGGGAAAGGAGUGCUGAAACUAAGAAGAAAGCUGCCCAAAUUGUUGGUAAUAUGUGCUCAUUAGUUACGGAGCCUAGAGACAUGAUACCUUAUAUUGGCUUGCUCCUUCCUGAAGUGAAAAAGGUUCUUGUUGAUCCAAUACCUGAAGUUCGGUCUGUGGCUGCUAGGGCACUUGGCUCCCUUAUAAAAGGACUGGGAGAGGAACACUUCCCUGACCUUGUUCCAUGGCUUCUGGAAACGCUUAAAUCUGAUGGAAGUAAUGUUGAACGUUCUGGUGCUGCACAGGGAUUGAGUGAGGUUUUGUCAGCUCUUGGUAUUGAGUACUUUGAGCACAUUCUUCCAGAUAUAAUAAGAAAUAGUGCUCAUCAAAAGGGUUAUGUCCGGGAAGGUUAUUUGACUGUCUUCAAGUUUUUGCCGAGGUCUCUUGGUGUACAAUUUCAGAACUAUUUGCAGCAGGUGUUGCCUGCUAUACUUGAUGGUCUUGCUGAUGAAAAUGAAUCAGUUCGUGAUGCGGCUCUUAGUGCUGGACAUGUUCUUGUUGAGCACUAUGCAACAACGUCCUUGCGUCUGCUACUUCCUGCUGUUGAGGAUGGAAUUUUUAAUGAUAGUUGGCGUAUUAGACAGAGCUCAGUCGAGCUUUUGGGAGACUUGUUGUUUAAGGUUGCUGGUACUUCCGGGAAAGCAUUGCUCGAAGGAGGUAGUGAUGAUGAAGGAGCUAGUACAGAAGCACAAGGACGUGCUAUUAUAGAGGUGCUUGGUAGAGAAAAACGUAAUGAAGUGCUUGCAGCCUUAUACAUGGUUCGGACUGAUGUCAGUGUAUCAGUGCGUCAGGCUGCUUUGCAUGUAUGGAAGACCAUAGUAGCAAAUACCCCUAAGACGCUCAAGGAAAUUAUGCCUGUAUUGAUGGAUACCUUGAUAUCCUCACUUGCAUCACCAUCUAAUGAAAGGCGACAGGUUGCAGGAAGGGCAUUGGGUGAGCUUGUUAGGAAGCUUGGUGAAAGAGUGCUUCCUUUGAUUAUACCUAUUCUAUCUAGUGGACUAAAAGACCCUGAUUCUGGCAGAAGACAAGGUGUUUGCAUUGGUUUGAGUGAGGUGAUGGGGAGUGCUGGCAAGAGUCAGUUGUUGAGCUUUAUGGAUUCACUUAUCCCUACAAUUCGGACUGCACUUUGUGACAGUGAGCAGGAGGUCCGUGAGUCAGCAGGCAUGGCAUUUAGUACUCUAUACAAGAGUGCUGGACUGCAAGCAAUUGAUGAGAUUGUUCCUACUCUUCUGCAUGCUUUAGAGGAUGAUGAUACCUCUGACACUGCAUUAGAUGGUCUUAAGCAAAUUUUAAGUGUGAGGACUGCUGCAGUAUUACCGCACAUCUUGCCCAAGCUGGUUCAACUUCCCCUCAGUGAAUUUAAUGCACAUGCUCUUGGAGCUUUGGCGGAGGUUGCUGGGUCUGGUCUGAAUUUGCACCUUAAUACUGUUCUUCCUGCCCUGCUUUCUGCAAUGGGUGAUGACAAUAUGAAUGUCCAAGAUUUAGCAAAGAAAGCUGCAGAGACUGUUGUAUUGGUCAUUGAUGACGAAGGAAUUGACUCUUUAAUAUCAGAGCUUAUUAAAGGUUCUGGUGAUAGCAAGGCAUCGAUAAGGAGAAGUUCUUCGUACCUUAUUGGCCAUCUCUUCGAGAAUAGCAAGCUCUAUUUGGAUGAUGAAGCUCCCAGCAUGAUAUCUACCUUGAUUGUUCUGCUCAGUGAUUCUGAUCAUGAGACUGUUGUGACUGCCUGGGAAGCUUUGUUAAGGGUUGUGAAUUCAAUUCCUAAAGAAGUACUCCCAAGUCACAUAAAGCUUGUUCGUGAUGCUGUAUCCACUGCGAGAGAUAAGGAGCGAAGAAAGAAGAAGGGAGGACCAGUACUAGUACCAGGCUUUUGUCUUCCAAAAGCCCUGCAACCUGUGCUUCCCAUUUUCCUGCAGGGGUUGAUCAGUGGAUCAGCAGAACUGAGGGAACAGGCAGCCUUGGGUCUUGGAGAGUUGAUUGAUGUAACUAGUGAGCCAGCACUGAAGGCAUUUGUUAUACCAAUAACAGGGCCUUUGAUUCGUAUCAUAGGUGAUAGGUUCCCAUGGCAGGUUAAAAGUGCCAUUUUGUCAACUUUGACCAUCAUAAUUAAGAAGGGUGGCAUGGCCCUAAAACCUUUUCUACCACAGUUGCAAACAACGUUCAUCAAAUGUUUACAGGACAACACCAGAACUGUUCGUUCAAGUGCUGCAUUGGCAUUGGGGAAACUCAGUGCACUCAGCAGUAGGGUCGAUCCUUUAGUUAGUGAUCUUUUGUCUAGUUUACAGGCUUCUGAAGGUGGUGUGAGAGAAGCUGUUCUUCUUGCCCUCAGAGGUGUCGUGAAGCAUGCAGGAAAAAGUUUAAGCAUUGCUGUAAAAACUCGUGUCUGUGACCUGUUAAAAGACUUUAUUGACCUUGAAGACGACCUAGUUCGUGUAUCUGCAUCUAGCAUCCUUGGGAUCACAUCUGAGUACAUUGAGGACAGUCAGCUAGAGGAUCUACUCAAAGACCUGUUAGAUUCAGCUUUGUCUUCCAGCUGGACUGCAAGACAUGGUUCAAUACUCACUAUCUCAUCCAUGCUUCGACACUGCCCAUCAAGAGUUUGUCUAUUAUCUUUGUCACCCUCCAUAAUACCUAUGCUGAAAGACAAGCUAAAAGAUGAGAAGUUCCCAGUACGUGAAAGUUCUACAAAAGCACUUGGAAGAUAUCUAAUUUAUCAGAUUCAAAGUGACCCAUUGAGUAGCUCUUUGCAUGCUCAAACUGUGUCCUCAAUAGUUUCUGCGCUGAAAGAUGACUCCAGUGAAGUUAGACGAAGAGCAUUAUCUGCUCUGAAGGCUGCUGCAAAGGCAAAUCCUUCAGCCAUUAUGAGACAUGUGUCGAUCUUUGGUCCUGCAUUGGCUGAGUGUCUAAAGGAUGGAAGUACACCUGUGAAGCUUGCUGCAGAACGAUGUGCUGUGCAUUCAUUCCAAUUGGCUAAAGGACCAGAUAAUGUUCAGGCAGCCCAAAAAUACAUCACUGGCUUAGAUGCAAGACGACUUGCUAAAUAUCCCGAACACAGUGAUGGUGAUGAAGAUAGUGAAGAUGACAAUUCAAGUGGCUGAAAAUUUUACUUUUAGGUUAAUUCAUUUGUCCGAUUGCAGAAAGUUUUGGUUAAGGAUGAGAUUGAGCUGCUGUAACAGGAUGCUCGUUGUGAGUUAUUUUGCAGCAUAGGCUGUAUAUCGUGAUUCCUUUUGGCGGAGACUAAUACCAACACCAUAAACACACACCUAGCAAACAUAUCUUUUACAAGGGGGUUCCUUCCGCGAUUGUAGAUAGAAUAUGUAAGAGUAAUUUUGGUCCCUUAGAUCCCCCAAUCAUUGCUUUUUAUUGUAUUCCUUUUUGUUAAAUAGAAAUCAAAAGGUAGAUAAUUGAGCUUUUUUGAAAUAAAAUUGCCUUUGUUACAAUGUAGUGCACUUGUUUUUUCUGCUGUACUCUACAAAUUAAUGAAAAUGUAGCUGUUGAUCAA